AUAGCCCGCCGCCACCGAACCAGUUGCUUGCCGCCGGCCUCCACCAGCUGCUAGCCGUCGGCCAGGCCCUCCGCCAUCAGGAAGCUGUUCGUUGCCGGCCCCGCUCUCCACCAGCCUGAAGCCCCGUUCUCCGCCGCAGCCCCGUUCGGCUGCUACUGCUGCAGCAGCUUUCAUCCAUCCAGGCAUCCGGCGACAAGCAGUUGCAUAUUCUCAUAACAGUGGCCUUGCCUAUCAGCUCAACAGGGCAACAGGCCUGAGCGGCUGCCUUGGCUGGGGACUGGGGUGACCGUGACCUACAGGUUGAGUCUGACGGGCUUUUUUCUACACAAUUUGCUUGUUCAAAUUGCUUUGUAUUUUUUUUUCUCUGGACGCAAAUCUUUGACUGGCGGAGAAGAGGAGCAGGAGGAGCGUUCGCUGGCGAAGAGCCGAAGACAGAGAGCUCGAGCGAGAAAGAACAAGGGCAAAUGAGGGACUCCAGCUCCGGUCCAGCAGAUUACGAGCGGCGUUAAGGGCUUAAGGCAAGUGUGUGUGAGUGUGUCUCGGUCCCAUAUCUGAAAGAGUGCAACGUUGAUGAACAAAAGUGAAAACGGCCAUAUUGGUAGUCUCAUUUUUGCAAUAAGCUCAUCAAAAAGAUGCUUCUUCCUCGAAAGCUUCUCCCAUGGCGGCGCCCCGCUCAGGACGCCCAGGCCCUGGCAGGCCGCCUCCUGCGCUCCUCUUCAUCCUCCUUUGACCCCGACGACGACGACCCUCCGUUCACGCGGGUUCCUAAGCUCCCACCUCGGGCGCCAUCGACGCCGCCGCCGAAGCCCAAGGCCCUGGCGGGCAAGAUCAGGCCCGAUGAGCCUGCGCACUCCGACCUUCCCUUUGACUUCCGGUACUCGUACUCGGAGACAGACCCGACAUGGAGGCCCAUCGGUUUCCGCGAGCCCACCCGGUUCUCGCCCUUCGGCCCCGGCCGCCUCGACCGCCCAUGGGACGGCACAGCCGCGGCACGCGUCGGCGAUUAUGCUAGUGGCGACGAGAGGAUCCGGGAGGAGGUUCUCGGGGAACCUCUGUCGGAGGAGGAGGUGGCGGCGCUGGUGGAGAGGUACCGGCACAGUGAUUGCUCACGGCAGAUCAAUUUGGGGAAAGGUGGGGUAACACACAAUAUGCUUGAUGACAUCCACAACCAUUGGAAACGUGCAGAGGCUGUGAGGAUCAAAUGUCUGGGAGUGCCAACGCUCGACAUGGACAACAUUUGCUUCCAUCUCGAGGAUAAAACAGGCGGCAAAGUCGUAUCCCGCAGCAUAAACAUCAUUAUACUGUACCGCGGUCGGAACUAUGACCCCCAGAAAAGGCCUGGCGUACCAUUGAUGCUGUGGAAACCGUUAGCUCCUAUCUAUCCUAAGCUCGUGCAAAACGUUGCUGAAGGGUUGACUUUCGAGGAAACAAAAGAGUUGAGGAACAGAGGAUUGAAUUCUCCACCACUUACAAAACUGAGAUUUGGUUCCAUGCAUUCCUAUAUUAUUUAAAGAUGAACAGAUUAUACUAUGGAGAGGGAAGGUUCGCCAAGAGCGUUCUGUUUCAGCAGAGUGCAGUUCCAGCCCACAAUGAUGCACGCAUCUGCCGGUGAUUCACAGGAGUUAUUAUUGCGCUGCGAUAUUGAUGAUGGUUCGGGCGGAUUGCUGUCUGUGGACCGUGGUGGGGGCGAGGGGCGAGGCCGCUCACCAGUGAUUCAGUGAAGAAGAAAACAAACCAACACAUUUGUGUAAUCAACUUUGAUGAAACUUCAAUUGAGGAGCGGCACAAACAUGGUGAAUAUGGCACUUAGAUGCAUUGUUUCGAUGAAUCCAGGGUUUGUGAAUUUAGACCGUUUGAGAAAGUUUUUGUAGAAUAAAGCUCAGCCUGUUCAUUUGUUUAAUCUUUAUCGGCUGUUUUUACAUUGUUUUGUUUCUAUCAAUUGUAGCUACAAUAAUUCGAACAACUGACUUUAAUAUAAAGCGAACAACUCUACUGUUUUUUAAUGAAUAUA